AAACCAACGAAGAAGAAUCUCUCUCAGGUCAAAGUUGCCCUGCUAGCUUGUCACAAAAUCUAGCUAACAUAUUAGCCGACCUCACCCUAAAAGAACAUUUCCCCGUUAAAAUGGAAGUAAAUCAGGCGAAACAGGAGCAUCUACUUGCUUUAAAAGUGAUGCGGUUAACAAAACCGACACUCUUCACAAACCUGCCGGUGACAUGUGAAGACAGAGAUCUGCCAGGGGAUCUGUUCGCUCAGCUGAUGAGGGAGGACCCGUCCACCAUCAAAGGAGCAGAGACGUUAAUGCUGGGAGAGAUGCUCACGUUACCGCAGAACUUUGGAAAUAUUUUCCUGGGUGAGACCUUCUCCAGUUACAUCAGCGUGCACAACGACAGCAACCAGGUCGUGAAGGACAUUCUUGUAAAGGCCGAUCUACAGACCAGCUCGCAGAGACUCAACCUCUCGGCGUCAAACUCUGCGGUAUCUGAACUCAAACCUGAAUGCUGCAUCGAUGACGUCAUUCACCACGAAGUCAAAGAAAUCGGAACACACAUCUUAGUUUGUGCCGUCAGUUACACCACUCACUACGGGGAAAAGCUCUAUUUCCGGAAGUUCUUCAAAUUCCAGGUGUUGAAGCCGCUGGAUGUGAAGACGAAGUUCUACAAUGCAGAGAGUGACCUCAGUUCUGUGACAGAUGAAGUGUUCCUCGAGGCUCAGAUCCAGAACAUCACAACCUCACCCAUGUUCAUGGAGAAGGUUUCUCUGGAGCCGUCCAUGAUGUACAAUGUGACGGAGCUCAACACGGUGGUGUAUGGAGAACAAGGAGAGUCCACAUUCGGGAAGAUGUCCUACCUGCAGCCCAUGGACACACGGCAGUACCUGUACUGCCUGAAGCCUAAGCCGGAGUACGCAGAGAAGGCCGGGAUCAUCAAAGGAGUGACGGUGAUCGGGAAGCUGGACAUCGUAUGGAAGACCAACCUCGGGGAGAGAGGGAGGCUACAGACCAGCCAGCUGCAGAGAAUGGCUCCAGGGUACGGAGACAUCCGGUUGUCCUUAGAGAUGAUCCCUGAUACCGUCAACCUUGAAGAGCCCUUUGAAAUAAUCUGUAAAAUCACCAACUGCAGUGAGAGAACCAUGGACCUGGUGCUGGAGAUGUGUAACACCAGAUCAAUCCACUGGUGCGGCGUAUCAGGGCGACAGCUGGGCAAACUAAGUCCUGCAGCCUUCCUCUCCCUGCCCCUCAUCCUCCUCUCCUCCGUCCAGGGUCUGCAGAGUAUCUCUGGAUUGAGACUCACAGACACAUUCUUGAAGAGGACGUACGAGUAUGAUGACAUCGCACAAGUGUGUGUGGUGUGCCCGUUCACGAGCAAUGAGUGCUAGGAGUUUUAUUGACCUUGUUUUAUUUUGGAUAUAAACGGACCAACAGUGAAAUUCUGCUCUUAACGCUGACAUAUUUCACUCUCUUUUUGCAACCCUGCGUGGGAUUAAACUGUAUUUUAAAAUGAAUUGUGAAUAAUAUAAAUCACUUUGUCUGAAAAUAAUGAUGUAAAUGUGCAUAAAUGUUAAUAAACUCUCUGUUAUCUUUGCUUUUCUA